CAGGCGGAGGGAUGAUGAGGGGAGGGAAGAGAAAGGGAGGGGAAAAGUAAAAGCCAAAGGAUUCAGAAAAACACAAGGAGCAGCAGAGGAUUGGAAAAUUGCCCUGAGCUGUGAUCGGACCCUGUGAACACCCGGAAAGAUGGGCAGCUAUCCAGUCUCUGUGCUGUUAUGCUGUUGUUUUGUUGUACUUGUUACUGUCCAGGCACAACAACCUGAAACAGAUACCACUGUUUUGCCACCACCAGAGUGCAGAGAGGAAACAUACCCCUGCACCAGGAUGUACUCUGUUCAUCAACCACUAAAGAGAUGCAUCAAAUCAUUCUGUCUCUACAGUCUGCCAAGAGUCUAUGUGAUCAACAAAGAAAUCUGUGUGAGAACCGUGUGCCAGCAAGAUGAGAUCCUGAUGGCUGAACUCUGUAGAGAGAGAUCAGGUUGGCCAAAACGCCAAAAGAGGACAACUACGAAACGCUGUCUUCGUGGCAACCCAAAAACCUGGGCAAACAGGGUCUAAACUCAGAUGGAUGACCAAGGCAGAGAAAAACAAAGGAGAGUUCUUGAUUCAAACAAAUGCAUCUAUAAAUGUCGAAUCUAAAAAUGUCAACUUGUUACAUUCCUAAAACAAACCCAAGCUGUGUUCCAGUGACCUUCACAAACAUUACUGUCCAUAAUCUCUUUACAUCACUUUUUAUCAUUUUUAAUGCUUGUGCUUGGAACUGAAAUAAGCUUGUUUGAUGGUCUAAAUGUUUUUAAAGACUCUAUUUUAAUAGGAUCACAAAGGCCAUGACAACACAUAGCUCUGGUGCUAAAUGUUAAAGUAGCCUCUAUAACCACUAUUUGCUUCAUAUUCUUCUAUUAUACUGUAUCUGUCCACACCAAUCACUGUAAAAGACAAAAUGCACAAUAGCAAAUAAAAAUGUUUAUAUUUUCACUCUCAAA